UCAUUUAUGCUCAGCCCAUAUGUAAAUCUGCUCAUAUGCCUGCUCAGCCCAUAUGUAAAUCUGUUGCUGCUGCCAGCCUUAGUAUAAUAGGGUCUUAAAAGCAGAACUAGCCCCCCACCCAGGAAUUAAGAUGAAACGAUUGCCGCCUCCAUGCCCCCACAGCUGCUGUGGCCUGAGCCCCUGAAGCUUUUCCUCCAGCUGUGGAGAGAGAUGAGCAAGCAAAGUCUUGCAUGCACUUCCCUUUUACUAAGAAUUCCAGCAAAAGGCAGGCCUUCCUCUCCAGCCUUGCUUCCUGGCUUCCCCUCCCUGACUCCGCUCCUUAAGGCAAGGAGAAACCAGCAAGCAAAGUCUUCCAUUCCCGCGUGUGCUUAAACGGUGGGGCUGACUUACAAGUGAGCGAACCACAGCUAACGCGUCAAUGAACGGAAGCCCCGCCAGCAGUCUUUCCUAUGAAAGCCAGCCCUAGGUCGAGAUCAGGAGAUGAGAUGUGGCAGGGAAACUUCAUGGGGACACUGGUGCUGUUGCUUGUCACCCUCAUUGGGGCUGUCAGAGGAGCCACGCUGACUCUUCCUCGCCCAUCAAACGUGAGUUAUACCCUCAAUGAAACACGCUGCCAGCUGGAUGUGGUGUGGACUCCUGUAAGAAUGGAAGGGGCCUGCGAUGUAAAGUAUCAGAGUGCUAUAACGACCGAUGGAGUUUGGGACGUGGAGCGUAUUCAUACAAACCACUCCCGGACAGUGCAGGUACCUCUGGGUAAAGAAGUUGUUUUCGGAGUCAGAACGAAAUGUCAGCAAGAACAGAGCCAGAAAGGAGAGUGGCUUAAUAUCUCUCUUCCACAAAACGGUGUUCCAGGUACAGGAGCGGUUAAUGUCAGCUGUGUUUGGCAAAUGGAGAGAUCCCUGGAGUGCUCAUGGCUUCGUGGAGAGAAUGCAAGUCGUGACGCAAACUACAGCUUGACUUUGUGGAUCCCAGAACUCAGAAGAGAACAGCCAUGCACCAAUUACACAAAGCAAGGUGGUGCCUUUCGAUGUGCAUUUGACUUGAAAUAUCAAUGGAUAGAACUUAGCAUUUCAUUACAAGGCAAUUCCAAGGACAUUCAACCUGUGUGUAUCCUUAGCAAAAUGUCGGGAAAAGGCAGAUUUCCAGUCAGACUGAAGACUCCAUCGAUUGUAAACAUCACAAAGAACAAUGGAGGUGUUUUUUUGAACUGGACUAAACCAUCCCUAUGGAGCAACAUGAACUAUGAAGUAGAAAUUAAUAACUCUGGACGACCAGACAUACAGCCAACUCAUAAUACUAAUAUAUCAAUUAGUCUGAAGCCUAAGGCACACCACACUUUUCGAGUGAGAGCAAAGUUCUACAGUAGUGGGGAAAUCUGGACCAGUGAUUGGAGCGAGGUGGUGGACUGGGAUGAGAGAGACCACACAUUAUAUAUCCCAUACAUUCUCGCUCCGUUAUGUGUGGCUGUCCUGACUGUCAUUUUUCUCAUUUACCGGAAACGGAUUAAAGAGAUGAUUCUUCCUACAAUUCCUGAGCCUAGAAACUUUCUGGAACAAAUGUUUGACGGGGAAAGCGAAGACUAUUCAAAAGUAAAAUCUGUCCCAGAAGACCCCAAAUUAAGCUGAGCAAAUCCAUUUGAUGGUAUUCAUGCAGCCUUCUUAGGGGAGCCAACUUGAAUAAAAUAUUGUGGGGGCUCAGGUAAGCCCCACCCUGCAUAAUUGAUCACAAGACAUGGCGA